AUGCUCAGACGCCCUGCGACAACACUGCACAUCACCUCAGAGGAUGUCGCCGCCUAUGAGGAUCGGCGCGCCCGAGAGGCCCUUGUUGCGGCUCAGCAAGCGCGCAGGGCCGCAGCUGUGGCAGCUGCACAGCAGAGCCAGGCCGAUAUGGAGGGCGUGCAUCAGGCGCUGCAGGAGAGGGAGAGGGAUGACGAUAUCAGGAGGGUUAGGGAUGACAGGAUUGGUGUUUCGAGAAGGAGAUGA